AAAUGCGAUUGAAAAUUCAAUUUGGGCCAGUAACUGAUCAUAUUUCCCUCUCAGAGCUGUAUAACCGAAGCGCAAAAAUACGAAGGGUCUCUUUUCAAAGGCAAGAAAACCAAAGCUCAACAGCAGUCGCGUACAACAAAUGGCGCGUCGCAAUCCCUCGUCCCUCGCAAACCAUAUGUCGAAGAUGCCCUCGAUGUCGACUCCGGUACCGUCGCAAUUGUGGAUGCGCCGCCCGCAGCCCCGAGUCCACCACCCGUCAAUGUCUUUGACUUCCUCGUCGACAACAAAUCUCGCGACACUCUCGCGCUGGAACAGGAGAACGGGCGGAUGAUCGACCACGCGCCUCAUGCGGAAACAGAACCGGAACAAGACACCAUGUCGGUCGACAAGCACUCGGACAAGCACGACUCGAAAGCCAACCCCUUCCAGUUCCAAUCCAAGUCUCCUCACGACCUCCACCCCGAAUUUACCUCUCAAAGAGAAUACGAAUCAUCCGGAUUUGGCUACGGCGCCGCGCCUGUCCCACCUACCUUCGACCGCUUCGACAGCUACGGCACCCUUCCCCCGUAUCCCAACGGCCACAGCCACGACCUACCUCCUCCACCCUCCGCACGCACCCCCGGAGCACCCGCUAUAAACUAUAAAUACGUGACCCCGGCCCCCGCUCACCACCGCACCAAGUCCCUCGACCACGACACCCCAAGCACCAGCACCACCAAGAAGAAGCGCAAGCGCGCCCCGGUCGAGGACCUCGAUCUCUCCGCCCGCCAGCACCAUCACGCGCACUCCGGUCCCACCUCCGCCGCGCUGCCGCACACCGCCGACAUCCACAUGGCCGACGCGUUGGAAGCAACGCCCGGCCUCCAUACCGGGCUUACCGGCGGAUUGUCCCGGCUGCUCCAUCGGCAUGAGUUCCCAGGGUCGCCUGACUACCCUAGAGGCGCCGUCCAGGACAGUCCGCUCAGUCCGAUGAAGCGGGCGAAGCAGGCGGACGGAGGAUUCAUGUCCGAGGAAGUGCGAAAGUCACGUGCGUGGAGGGAGCGGGAGCGAGAUCGGGAGGCGGGGAUGGAAGAGGAAAAGGCGAAAGGGAAGAGUUCGCGGUUAGUGCGAGAUGUAGCGCAGCGGCGGGCGGAGCGGGAGCAGCGGAAGGAGAAGGAGAAGGAGAAAGAUAAAGACAAGGACAAGGACAAGGAGCGAGGACGAUCACGAGUCACGGACACCAUCCGCCGCAUCACCUCGGGCUCCUCCGCCCAGACCAACGCCACCGCCUCCACCGGCGUCACCGCCGACGGCGCGCUCGUCAUGGUCCGCAAGCACAAAACCCACCUGGAGCGCGAACGCCGCCGCCGUAGCGAGAGCAGCGACACCGACAGCGAGCGAGAGCACGAUCGCGAGCGGCGCAGCCGAAGAAAACAGCGCCGCGCGAUCAAAGAGAAUGGCUAUGACAGCGACGGACGGCCGACUCGAAAGCUCAAGGCGAUCGAAUACCAUCGGGAUCGAUCGCGGAGCGCCGAGCGGGAUGCGGGGGCGAUGGUGUUGCAUCCGCACGGGGUGGCGGGGAUGGGGGUGGCGCAGACGAAUGGGAGCGGGGAUAGGAACGGGGCGGCGACUGGGGUGCGGAAGGAUGGGGAGGCGGCGCAGCGGUUGACGAGCUUGUUUCCGACGGCGUCGGCAAGGCAGGAGAUGUUUUUGGGAUUCGUGACGAAGGGCCCCGGGAGCGAGCGGGGGUGUAGUGUCAACAAGGCGUUGAAGCGGUGGCAUCGGGAGCGGUAUGAGCGGUGGUAUCAGAUGGGGAGUAAUGGGCAUGGGAGCGGGCAUGGGAGCGGGCAUGGGGAGGAGGGCAAUGGAGUGGGGAGGGAGGGGAGGACGUUGUUGAGUAAGGGGGAUGAGGAGAAGGAGUUGUGGCGGGGGUUGCGGUUGAGGAAGAAUGAGAGGGGGGAGGUGGUGGUGUUCUUUUAGGCAGGAUGACGUGAUACUGCACAGACUGAGAUGUAUAGUGUUGAUUCAGAGUGGGAUUGAUAUAGUAAUCAAAGAGUUCCUUGGUUAUCCUAUAUAAUUAUGCUGUAUGGUUUGUAGAUUCUGGCGAAGAGUUUAGAGACAUCAUCCAUCCU